GGCGCGCGAAGGGGUGCGCGGCGCCGGAGCGGCACGCAGCGGGGGCAGGAAACAAUAGAGCCGUGGCCGGAGAAGAGCGGAGCACCGGCCGCCCGCCUCGCGCAGCCCAGCCCCGUUCCACCGCCCCGUUCCCCCUCCCCGCCAUGGCGGACAAGGAAGCAGCCUUUGAUGACGCAGUCGAAGAACGCGUGAUCAACGAGGAGUAUAAAAUAUGGAAAAAGAACACGCCCUUCUUGUACGACUUGGUAAUGACCCACGCUCUGGAGUGGCCCAGCCUGACUGCUCAGUGGCUUCCUGAUGUGACGAGGCCUGAGGGCAAAGAUUUCAGCAUUCACCGGUUGGUCCUGGGGACUCAUACUUCAGAUGAACAAAAUCAUCUUGUGAUAGCAAGCGUGCAGCUGCCUAAUGAUGAUGCACAGUUUGAUGCCUCACACUAUGAUAGUGAGAAAGGAGAGUUUGGAGGCUUUGGGUCUGUUAGUGGAAAAAUUGAAAUUGAAAUCAAGAUAAAUCAUGAGGGAGAAGUGAACAGAGCACGUUACAUGCCACAGAACCCAUGCAUCAUUGCUACAAAGACUCCAUCCAGUGAUGUCCUCGUCUUCGAUUACACCAAACAUCCUUCUAAACCAGACCCUUCUGGAGAGUGCAACCCUGAUCUGCGUCUUCGUGGACACCAGAAAGAAGGCUAUGGGUUGUCAUGGAACCCAAACCUGAGUGGGCAUUUGCUUAGUGCUUCUGAUGAUCAUACCAUUUGCUUGUGGGAUAUAAGUGCUGUUCCAAAAGAAGGCAAAGUGGUGGAUGCAAAGACCAUCUUCACAGGGCACACAGCUGUAGUGGAAGAUGUCUCUUGGCACCUGCUCCAUGAAUCUCUUUUUGGAUCUGUUGCUGAUGAUCAGAAGCUCAUGAUCUGGGAUACUCGAUCAAACAACACCUCCAAACCCAGCCAUUCUGUGGAUGCUCACACAGCUGAAGUCAACUGCCUCUCUUUCAAUCCCUACAGUGAGUUUAUCCUGGCUACAGGAUCAGCUGAUAAGACUGUCGCAUUAUGGGACUUGAGGAACCUAAAGCUGAAGUUGCACUCCUUUGAAUCACAUAAAGAUGAAAUAUUUCAGGUCCAGUGGUCUCCCCACAAUGAAACUAUAUUGGCCUCCAGUGGCACUGACCGCCGGCUGAAUGUCUGGGACUUGAGUAAAAUUGGAGAAGAGCAGUCCCCUGAGGAUGCUGAGGACGGUCCCCCAGAGCUGUUGUUUAUUCAUGGCGGUCACACUGCAAAGAUAUCUGACUUCUCCUGGAAUCCCAAUGAACCCUGGGUUAUCUGUUCUGUAUCAGAAGACAAUAUCAUGCAAGUCUGGCAAAUGGCAGAGAACAUAUACAAUGAUGAAGACCCAGAAGGAAGCGUGGAUCCAGAAGGUCAAGGAUCUUAGAUGAUGGUCCUUCCUGUUUCUAGUCCUUUUCCUUCUCUUCCCUCUCAGCCUUGAUAAUGACUUAACACUGGUUUUGAGACACACGUAGACUUUGUGUUCAGCCAUCUUUCUGUAGAACCAUCAGCGGUGCUUUUUAUCCCAGGCAGUACUACCCUAAGAAAAGGGCUUUUAGUCCAACUCAGCUGAUGCUGUGCUGCAGCUCCUCAGUCAGAUUCCCCACAGCAACCUCUUGUGUACAGAGCUGGCCAUCCCAUUUUAGCUGCCUUCCUCAUGCAGAGCAGACUUUUUUGUUGCUGUUUUUCUGUCUUUAGCUUGCUACAGCUGCAGGCUUUUGCCCUUUUAAACAAAAGUUAAAUCAGCAGAGCUGCCAGAGAAUGCUUGAGCCAGUGGAGAUGGUGCAAGUGUUAAUCCACUGGCAGUUCAGAAAUGAGUGGAGAAGGUCUUGUCCUCUUCAGAACAACUCAGAAGUUUUGGGGUUCCUUUAGUUAAUCUGUACCUGCGUGGCUUUAUCUGCCUCUGCAGAUACAUAAAGAGACUUGCAGAUUCUGAAAUUGUAUUUUUUCCUAUACUUUCUUUUGUCUUUACUGCUAAUUCUGGGUUUUUCAAUUCUCCCUCCUGUCCUUCCCUUUCCUUCCAUCCCCUGGAUGACUGGUUUGGAUACAUCAGCUGUUCCUGCAGAGCCUCACUCACCUUCCAUGCAUCUUGUUCUAUUGUGUGUUUCUUGAGCUGUGUUUUCACAUAUAUUUCUUUCCUUUCUGUGAAAUGGUUUUUAAAACAUUGGGGCCACAAAGUUGUAAAGGUGUCUGUUUUUACCAGCGAUGUACCACAGAUGGCACAGCCCGCUGACCUACAGCAGCAGUGGUAGCUGGUGCAGAUAAAGUAAAUGAGACGUGGGCAAACUGCCUUUGUGGGAGUCAGUCCUUGACCACUACUUCCUGCCCAUCUUCCACCAGCGACCCGUUACUCCUCAUGUUCCUCGUGACUAACUGCGUGUAAGUGCUUCAGAUGGAAUAAAUUUUUUCUACGUA